ACCUUCAUUGGGUCGAAGAGAACCAAACUCACCUAAACCAGGGUCCCUUUAGCACCCGUACCUGCGCCGCUCUCCUAUCCACCAUUCCCGUUUCCUUUGGUGCGCAGUCCAUCGCGUUGUGGUUCAAAGUUAUACACUCGAUUAUUAACGAUUCUUUUUCCGAAAUAUGCUUCCAUUUAUUGGUUUAUCAAGAGAAUCAGUUGUGUUUUGAAUACUGUUAUCGGUGAAGGCGUAGCACAUUACAACCUUACAACCGGUGAAAGUUGCGCAUCGCUUGUUGAAUGCAGGAUACCUUUUGCCUGAGCGUCAGUUCCAAGUUCAGCUUUGGAGCAACAACCGGCAAGGAGCGGGGACUCCAGGUUCUUACUUCUCUCGCCGCCGAUAUGAAGUCUGCAGAAGAAGAUGCAUACAGCUACACGCCAAACGUCAGCCUGUCCCUUCCACUGGGCAUGGGCAGCCCCUGUCUGGCCACUCAAUACCAUACCUUACAGUCCAGUCCAGUCAUCUCUUGCCACCAGACAGGAUACAGCAAUGACAAUCAUGCAGCAUCAGGUUAUUACCUGCCCCACAGCUUGAGACCCAAUGGAGCUCCAGCCCUAGAAAGCCCCCGCAUUGAGAUCACAGCCUACAGCCAGUACCCAGAGGAUGAGGUAGAAGAGAGCAGCAGUGAGGACCACAUUAUCAAACGAGGGGUCAACUCCAUCGUUACACUAACGCUGCCCAAUGCAGACGGCUACCGUGAUCCCAGCUGCCUCAGCCCUGCCAGCAGCAUUUCUUCACGCAGCUGCAACUCUGAGGCGUCAUCCUAUGAGUCAGGGUUCUACAACUAUGACAACUCCCCGCAGAACUCCCCCUGGCAGUCUCCCUGUGUUUCUCCCCGAGGAUCAUCCAUGCUUCUGUCAUGUCCACAUGCCAGUGGCCCUGCAGGCUCCCCUCACCAUUCACCAUCCACCUCCCCUCAGAUUGGAGCUGUGGCCGAAGAAGGCUGGGCAGCGCAACCUCGUGGCUCUAGACCAAACUCUCCUUCCUGCAGUGGGGGCGGCGGAGGCAAUGGCGGUGGCAUGGGGAAGAGAAAGUACAGCUUCAAUGGCACCUCCUACCAUCAGACAUCCUGCUCACCCAACCAGUCACCGACCCCCUCUCCACAUGGCUCCCCCAGGGUCAGUGUCACAGAUGAUAACUGGCUUGCCAACACCAACCAGUACACCAACUCUGCCAUCGUGGCUGCCAUCAAUGCUCUAACCACAGAUGGAGUGAUAGACAUGGGGGAGGGAAUCCCAAUCAAGACGCGGAAGACCAUGCUGGACCACUCAGCCUCCAUGAGUCUGAAGGUGGAACCUGGAGGCGAGGAGCUGGGUCCCGAUGGAGAGCUCUGCCAUGAGGACUAUCCCUCCCGCCUGGCCCUCAAGAAGGAGAGCUAUUGUGCGGGGUUCCUGGAUGUGCCUCAGCAUCCAUACUCCUGGUCUAAGCCCAAGACUUACCUCGGCCCAUCUUUGCCAGCACUUGACUGGCAGCUUCCAUCCUGCUCCGGCCCAUACAACCUACAGAUAGAGGUGCAGCCAAAGUCCCACCACAGGGCCCAUUAUGAGACCGAGGGGAGCAGAGGAGCCGUGAAGGCGCUGUCUGGAGGACACCCCGUGGUACAGCUUUAUGGCUACAUGGAAAGUGAGCCGCUCACCCUGCAGCUGUUCAUAGGGACCGCAGACGACCGCCUCCUGCGACCACAUGCCUUCUACCAGGUCCACCGCAUCACGGGCAAAACCGUCUCCACCGCCAGCCAUGAAGUCAUGCAAUCCAACACCAAAAUUCUGGAGAUCCCUCUGCUGCCUGAGAAUAACAUGAGAGCUAUAAUCGAUUGUGCGGGAAUCCUGAAGCUGCGUAAUUCAGACAUUGAGCUUCGCAAAGGGGAAACAGACAUCGGGCGCAAAAACACACGCGUGAGGCUGGUGUUUCGUGUGCACAUCAACCAACCCAACGGCAGGACAGUGUCCCUACAGGCUGCUUCAAACCCCAUUGAAUGCUCCCAGCGCUCAGCUCAAGAGCUUCCCUUGGUAGAGAAGCAAAGUGUAGACGGUUGCCCUGCCACGGGAGGCAAAAUGAUGCUUCUCAAUGGACUCAACUUCCUGCCUGAGUCCAAGGUGGUAUUCGUGGAGAAGGCCCAGGAUGGGCAUCAUCUGUGGGAGACGGAAGCCAAAGUUGACAAGGACUCCAUCAAAUCAAAUGCUCUUGUUGUGGAGAUCCCACCGUACAGGAACCAGAGAAUAUCCAGCCCGGUGCACGUUAACUUCUACGUCUGCAACGGCAAGAGGAAGAGGAGCCAGUGCCAGCGCUUCACCUACCUUCCUCCAAAUGUGCCGAUCAUAAAGACAGAACCCCAUGAUGAAUAUGAUUCUCUGGGUACUGUGGGGCUCUCCAUGCAUUCCACAACCUACUACAGCCAGCCCAGGCUCACUCCUAUAAUGCCUGUGGCCGAUCCUGAUGCCUGCCUGGUUGGGGGCUACCCUUCGUGCCCACCUCGCCACACUGCCAUGCCAUCGUCACCCCCCAGCUCAAGCCCCACCCUUCAUGAUCUGUCUCCUGUGGCAUUCAGCAAGUGCCUUCCCAACAGCCCCACCCAUGCAGCACCACUGGGACCCAUGGCACCCCCCAUUCAGGAGAACCCUGGUCGCCCUAACCUUGUCCAUCCACCUUCACCAGAUCACAACUCUUCUCUAGGGAUGCUUCACUCCCAGGGUAGCCCCAACCACCUGAACAGCCCAGGACGCCAUAGCUACCAUCCUAUCUAUACCAACAGCAGUCCAUCAUCUUCCCCGGUAUCCCACCCUUCCACUCCUGGUGGGCCUGUAGAGAGCCCAUUCGUUCAGGCCUACAGCCCCGGUCAGACACAGGCAGCAGCCAGCUCAGUCCAAGCUGGAGGGAGCUCACCAAGUCUGCUACCUGAGGAUGCCAGCCCCCCAUCAAUGGCCAUCACCGUUAAGCAGGAGCCCCAGGAACUGGACCAGAUGUACCUAGAUGAUGUUAAUGAGAUCAUCAGGAACGACCUCUCCAGCAUUUCUGUGCACACACACGCGUAGACCAUUAGAAGUCUUCUGCAGCAGCACAUUCACGUUCAAACAGCAGCAUCAAUGAAAGAGGACAAAAACAGCCAGAGAUCCAGAUUAUUAAGAAUAAAGUUUUGACCAGGAUCUCCCACCUAACCACCGAUGCCAUCAGCUCCUCUUCAGUCCAGGGCUCUCUGCAGGAGAGUCUCACAUUGACAAUCACUGGCGAGCUCCAUUUGAAUAAACAGGUGAAUGUUAUAGUU